AUGGAGCCGAAUUCGAAGAUAUGCGAAACCGAGAUUGCCCAAGUGAGCACUCAGAAGCCCAUCAAAUGGGACGAUCGAGUUUUGCGAAGCUUCUACGAACUCAUGUCUCGCGAAAUGCUAUCUAAGCACAUUCGGCCUUCCCCUACCGCCCUCGCUGAUCUUUGGAGCACGCACCAAUGGCCACGAGAGCCAAGCCAACAAGUUCAGAAGGUGGUGUGCAAGAUCUUGCGCUGGUUUGUACGACACACUCCCGACUUUGUGACCGAAGAGCAGGUAGAUGAACACUCAGGGGAAUAUGUCUCUUACUGGCCCGAAACUGCCUUGGAGUGGGUCACUAGUGAUACCUGGGUCGGCAAUUUCAAAGGGUUUUCAGUAUCAGAGGAUGAUAGGAGGGUCACGAGGAAGGAGAAGGAGAGAUAUAUCUCCGAGACCAAGGCUACUACCGCCUGCUCCGCUGUGAUCACUGGACUCCACGACUUGGUAGAACUGGACUCUCCGACCAAUACUCAGGGUGAGUUAGAUGUCGACUUUGAAGAUGAACAACAUAGGCCGCAAUCUGGAAACCAAGCUCAGCCCGGGACCUUGCCGCCCGCUGAGCAGCAAUGCCAUCCAGUAAAGCCUGAGCAGUGGUGUCAAUACCCACCAGAUCAAUCUAGAGAACAACAACAGCACCAGGCGUGGUCACCAUCUUCGCUCUUACAACAUUCGCCGUCAGCACAGCAAAACCACCAAGAUCACUCGCAAGUACCGCGCCACUAUAACCGUUGCCAGACGCAAAAUUACGACAGUCCAGAGCCAUCUUGUGACGGGCAUAUAGACCCUCAACAGAGCUACCUUACACACGCGCCUCAGCACAGCUGCUCACAGUCGCUUGGCGAGAGCUAUCUACCUCGGUCUCGCCCCCAAGAGCACGAUGCCCGACAGUACCUUCUCACUCAGUCGCUUCAUCGCAGACUCGCCCCGUUACCCCGGUUCGACGACGCACACCCAGAACAACAUUAUCACCCACCACCGGCUCCCAUCGGAAUCACACGCUUACAUCAACACAACAAUCCGCAGCGACUUGGAUAUGAUCAUCAGCAAUCGUCAAUGAGGCAGCAACAAUCACAUGCGCCUUCAGCUCGAAAGGAAGAAAGAUGCUUCAACGAAGCCAAUUAUACUGCUGCACCACAGCCCCGAGGUCUGCCCUCGAAGCUUCUCGGACAAGGCGUUGGAUCCAGCUAUGAUCUAUUCACGCCAUUGCUGGAACAAGAUUCUGCAUACAUUAGCAAGACUGAAGGCCACGUCAGAGUAGCAAGCAAGUUAUCAGGAUAUAGCCCUAGGGCUCCAGACUUUGAAAGAGCAAACGACAGACCGAGAGCGUCCAGAUCAGCGCCAACUUCUUGGAGGUUGACCAAUCCUCUACAGCAGAGUUGGCCACCCGCAAGCGCCAAGUUCGAGGGUGAUCUCCAGAGCUCUUGCCGUGUGGAUACGCAGCCACCUCGAAGACCAUCACGACCGUUCUCGGGCGGCACUGCUGACGAACGUUGUUUCCGUAUGAAUGAGGGCGGACAAUCCAGACAAAUUCAGGCAGAUGAAGACAGAUCUGAAGUGCUCAGAAGGGCGAACAGUCUCUAUCAGGAGGGAGAUGUAGAUGAUCGUCUUGCUGCUGUCGCACUGACGCUUGGCUGCCUUUUGAGCCGGGACAGAGACAGGGCUGAUAAACGGAAAUCGUGGCUUUUCACCCGCAGAGAUGAAUGGACUGAUCGCUUUGUUCGGCAUCGAGACAGGUCUUAUGCUCCUACACUACCACUGAUUAUAUCGCACCACUUUCAGCGAGUCUUAACUUCCAUGGUUUUGUACUUUUUCCGAUCGCGCCCACCUCGGCUUGUUAUCCAAACGCUGAACAUGUUUUUUUCGCAAGAUCAAGAUGAUCACUCGCUCGCAAAACGACUGCAGGACCACAUACAUUAUAUCGAAGACGACUUACGUGAGCUUCAUCAUGAGAUGGUGGCAUUAGGAAUAAGUGAAAUCGAGCAACGCGGCUUGAAAAAGUUGAUACGGAAACUUUACAUCACUAUUGACUGGCUUGAAGGAGAACAGAAAAAGGAUUCACUUGAGCAAAGUCUGAACAAGGAUGACAUUCAACAACUGAGAAACCUUUUCUGGUCCGUCCAACAGAAGCUUGACGAGUCUACAAAACUCCAGACUCAGACCUUGAACAGACUCGACAGCUUUGGUCAGCGGCUUGAAGAAAUGCAAGCAAGGUACCAUGAAGACCAGACACAUAUGGAGGAGAAGAUGCAAGAUGCCAUCGAUGCAGCGCUGAGAAUACACAGUGCUACUUUCUUGUCCUACAUGUCCGAAAGACUUCAUGAAUUUGAACAGCGCUCAGAAGCUUGCACUCAGAGUCAAGUUCAGAAAUUGGUGUCAAAGCACCGGUUUAAUGGCAGGAGAUGGAGGUGUCCCAGCCCUACGAAGCUUUCCCGGCAGCUUGAGUCUCAAAGGAGUCUUUUAUCGGAGCUGCAAGACCUUGGUGAAGAGUCGGACAGUACGCAGACAAACGAUGGUGAAUCCUUAUCAAUUAGCACCACGCCUGCUACCGAGCCGACCAUCGAUUCCAGCAUGACAGAUAGUCAUCAACAGCGGAGCGACAGGGUGAAGCGGCACAAAAAGUAUGUGGUCUCUCCUAAGCAUCAGUCAAAGACUUUCACAACACGCGACUUGGAUCGUGGUCCUAUGGUCUUGCCAAAUCAAAGCGCUCCGAUAGCUCCUGACUCAUCGUCCUUGAAGCGUAUGCCACAGAAUCUAUCAAACCAUUCACCAAACUACAUACCACAGCUCCUAAGCACCUCAGCUUUGCCCAUAGCAACCAAACAUCUUCCCAGUUCAGCUCGAAGCGGUGAGCCAUUACCUGGCCCAUACUUACGCAAGCCAUUCCAAGUCCGCACGGCGGUUUCCGACUCGGCAAACACUGAUCAGAAGGGGGCGUACGCAUCCAAACGACCACUUUCAAACAACAACAACACGUGGAGUUGUAGAGCACCAGACGUCCUACAUCAGAAAUCGCAAUGUUUUUCGAGUCCCGGAAUCAGUCGUGCUAGAGGUCUAGUGAUGAAAGGGACACCGGACGUAACGAAGUUUCACAACACUUUUUCAACCAUGAAGUCACACACAUUUAUAACGACACCAUCAGCAAUCGAUAAAUAUCCUCAAAUUAGUGCAGAGACACCAUGUCAACAGAUCUACAAACAUCAGGGCCGUCAAAAUGCAAUUAUCACCGACCACACCAAUCGCGAGAAAAUACAGGCAAGUUCAAGUCGAUUGUCUACUCCACAGCAGUCAAAAGAACAGCGUGACUCCUUGCCAGACUGGACCAUUCAUCACGGGUCCGCCUCCAAUUCGGCGCUACUCCACUCCGCUGCACAGGGCUCUAGCAACAAAGCAACUGAGUUGCAGUCCAAUGUCAGCCCAGAAGAAGAAGAAGAAGAAGAAGAAGAAGAAGAAGAAGAAGAAGAAGAAGAAGAAGAAGAAGAGGAAGAAGAAGAUCCUCCGGUUGAGACUGCAUCUGAAAGCUUCCAACCGGUGCCCGAGACACAAUGCGCAACUGUGGAACCAGAUUAUAUAUAA